AUGGGCCAGACAGCCGGGAUGGAGCUGCGUGCCCUGCGGUGCUUCCCUGCGAAGCGGGAAGAGCAUCCGCUCAUUUACGCCCUGCAGCAGUCCCGGCUUCGGUCCUGGCUUUCCGGGGAGACCAUAACUCCCAGCCUCCACUCUCCUCAAUCCAACAACGUGGCGGGAAACAGCAUUAAUAUAAUUGUUAUUGUCAAAGAACUGUACGUGCUGUGCGAGGUGCUGGUGGAGGAGCCGCGCGGCCGGCAGGGCAUCGAGGAGCGCGCGCUGGGGCUCGCCGUGAGGGACGCCGUGGCCCGCGCGCACGGCGACUUCGGCCUGGCCUGUUGCUGCGUCUCCUUCGCAGUGAAGUACCUGAACGCGUACACGGGCGCGGCGCUGCUGCGCUGCCGCCGGGACGCGCACCGGCUGCUCUGCGCGGCGCUGCCGCUCGUGCGGCUGCUGGAGAGCCGCGGACAGCGCUACCCGUGCGCGCUGCGCACGCUGCACCUCGGAGGUACUAUAAGAUCCUGUCAGAAGUUUCUAAUUAAGUAUAAUAGGAGACAGCUGCUCACGCUGCUGCAGAACUGCACCAACGAAGAGGAAAGACGGGCCAUUCAGCAGUCAGUGCUGAGCUGUUCUCUUACCGAAGAGCCGUCCCUCAGUGGAGAGGAGGAAGGUGAUGAUGAUGACGACGACCCAGAGACAGACUGAAUAUUGGUUAUUGCUGCUCACCUCUGUCAGGGAGUUGCAUACUCGAGAGGUUAGAGCUGAAACAGGGACAACUGCUGUUCCUGGCCCCUGUAAAACUUGUUCCCCUAGCCCCUCUGUUUAAAUAAACUCUUUGUUAAAUAUGA